GGUUUGCCGCUGGAUUCAAACCUCCUUUCUUGUACAAGAAGCCAUGAACCAUACGCGCGACUCGAAAUCAAUCGAAUUUAAGGCGAUUGAUAUUAGGAACAACAGGCCCAUCUGCAUUGAGUAUGUGAACGAAAGGCUCUCAAUCCGAUCGGAUGAUAUCAAUAUCGUUGGGGCUUUGAUCCAGAAUCUCGUCAGUUUUACUGGAUUGCGGGAGGGUCGGUCAACGGUGACAUUUCCGAGCGACAUUGAGGAGCUGAAGCAAAUCAUUGAAGCAAUCGAAUCAAUGGAUGAGUCCAAAAUUCGGGGGUUCACCGAGGUAGCCGACUUGGCAGACCAGGCGAAGCAAUUGCUCCUCAGGGCCGAGGAUCAACGACAACUCAGGUUUUGGGACUCGUCUCGUGGGCUCCACGCUGAGGCUUAUGGCCUCAGUCAAGAUCUGCUUCGCGAAUACAAAAAAAGAGCAGAGGUCUCCAAAGCUAGAGCACUACUCUCAAAGCGUCUCCACGCUGCUAUCGAACGGUUCUCGAAUUUGCGUGUCGGUUUGGUUCGAUCGAAAUGGACUCAAGCAGCAGAGGAGCAUCUCCGGCUCCGUGAGCUGUCGCACAUAGCUCGAAUUUGUGCAUUUGGCAUAUCUGAAUGAAUCCGUGUGCUCCGCUGCACCUGCACGUUGUUUGGGGCGGAGGUGCC